AUUUUCACAAUAAUAUAUAUAUUACUGAGGUUUUACAAAAAAAAGAAAGAAAGAAACGUAAAUAAAACGUCAGGAAGAUGGUCACGUGAGCGAUUACGUCAGCCUGUCACAAGACAAGCAAUAUGGCUGCGUACCAGGGUUUUUAUUUGUUUUUAGCAGAUGCUGGGUUUCGUUUUUAAACCGUAAAUUUCAGUAGAUAUAAAGUAAAGCCCGUGUUUAUAUUGAGGCCAGGUUUGACAGAAAACGUUAUUUAAAUAGCUGCUUCGAAAAAACUCGUUUAAUUUUUGGUGCAAUUGCAUCAUGGCUUCUGCAUUUGUGGUGGGGGAUAAAUUCAGAAAUAAAGUGACACAUUUACUGGCAAACUCGGAGUCAGCUCUUCCUCGAGCAUUGAGAGAAGAGCUGGAGGAGGUUCUUGAAAAACCGGAACCAACAAUCCUGCCAUUCAGUACAGCGAGGAAGAUCAAGAAAUAUCUUCAGGACAAAGGGCAUCCAUUCUACCUGCAUGAGUUGCUGGAGGAUAGCUCGCUUCACCUGCCUGAAAUCCUGAAGCCUCCAAGGAACCCUGAGCUGGUCGCCCGUCUUGAGAAGAUUAAAGCUAAACUAGCCAAUGAAGAAUACAAACGGAUCACAAGAAAUGUCAAUACUCAGGAAAUCAACCGCCAUGGCGUGCUGUCAGAUUUCAGACAGCAGGUGCGGUCAGUCAAAGCAGUUGUGGUCACCAUAUUCAACUUCCUGGUUACAAUAGUUGCUGCUUUUGCCUGUUCCUACAUGGGCAGUCAGUACUUGUUCACUGAGACUACAACGCGGGUGAUCUCAGCGGUGAUCGCCGCAUCGGUAGUUGGGCUUGCCGAGCUGUAUGUCCUGGUCCGGACCAUGGAGGGAGACCUAGGGGAACCAUAGCAGCUGUUACCUUUGGAAUCAACACCUUGUAUGCAGGAGUCUGUAAGGCAAACCUCUGGCAGCCGCAGCCAGGCCCAUGGUUCAGAGCAGAACGCUCACUCUGAAACCUCUGUGAUCCUUCUUUCUUUUUGAAUUGCUCCAGUAAUUAUUGAUGAAAAAUUAAAACAUCCUGAGAAUUUUUAAAUAGAAAUGGUUCCAAGCCCCAAAGUAUUUGUUCUUUGACAUUCUGCAUCCCUUUCUAGUGAAAUCAAAAUACUCAAAAUACUUUGUAUUUAUUUCCCAGGUUUUUGUUUUUACUCUAAAACUACAGUGCAGUUUUUUCCUCUCUGCUGUGUAAAAUGAAUGAUGAGGUUCUUUUCUGCUCUGAGAUGUAAUCAUAUUUCAUAAAUAUGAUUUUUAUCAAAUAAAUCAUCUAAAACAGUCCAUUCA